UAAGAAAAACGGAAUACGAAAUGUUGUGGGUGCAAGUUUUGAAUCAUCAUGGCAAAAAGAUUUAAGAUUUAGAUCUAGGUGUUUGUCCGGACUAGUCUAAGCUAUGCCACGAUGUGUAGAAACUAUGUAUCUUCUAAGCAAUGAAACUAGGUAUCAUUUUACGCGUUAUUUUCUUAUUGUUCAACAUACCUUUGACACAAGAAGUAUCGUCUGGGGCCUGGACGACCUGGUCAGAAUGGGAGUGCAACUUGAACUGCUAUAAUCCGCGAAUGUUAAGAAAAAGAAACUGUACAGACCCAAAUGUUACAGAAGCAAUUGUCUACUGCAUUGGCCAUAAUCAAGAACAUUCACAAGCCACCUGUAAAGUAAUCUGUCCUAAAGAUUGCCCCCGUCUAACUUGGGGGACUAACUGUACCAAUAACUGCAUAAACUGUGACCCUGAUUGUGACAAAAACACCGGAGAAUGUAGAAUCUGCAAACCUGGCUAUCGCUUCCCAAGAUUGUCAUGCACCAAAGAGUGUAGAAAAUUUUAUUAUGGGAAAAAUUGUCAAGGUAAAUGUAAAAUCAAAUGUCACGGAGAGGAUUGUCAGGAGAGAGUGAACGGUACUUGUUUCAUUGCGGAGGAAAAAAUGCUGCCGUCUCCAGCGUGGCUGCUGCUGCUGACGAUACCAAUUUCGCUUCUCAUGAUUAUGUGGCUGAGGAGCAGACGUGUUGAGGUACCAGACGUGGCCACCGCGAGCAAAGUCUACAAUGAUAGAGACAGUAAAGAGAGUAAAGAAAGCCUCAUGGCGAGGCUGUCCACUCAGUUACGGACCGGCUCGAGGCAGAUGAUCCGGCAGAUGAUCUCCAUGGACAAACUCUCCACCCAUUCCGAAGAGCGACUGUACAUGGAUGAUGAGGUGAACGGCUCUUCCGUUUGACGCCCGUUUGCUGUGAUGCAAGGAAUGGAAUUUCCCGCCCGAAACUGACUUAAGUUAAAACCAUUAUUUUCUUUCAUGGAAAUGUUUGAAACCAAAUAAAGAAUAAAUAGUUCCUGAUUGAUAAGUCUAUAAUAAGCUACAAUAAUUUGCGUUCACCUCUUCCCAUCUAUUCUGAUGGACAGCUCUGGUACCACACACGAUUGUCGACCGUCUUUCUCCAUUCCUCUCUUGUGUCUUUCGCCUUGGAUAGAACCUCAUUCAAAGGCAGGCUCGUACAUUCUUAUAUGUUUUAUUCCCAUCGCUUUGUCUGUCUGCCUCCUCAACUUUUUUCCUGGUACUGUUCCCUGAAGGAAGGUCUUUGCGAGUCCCGAAGACUUUGUAAUAUGGCCAAAGAAUUUUAGUUUGCGGUUUUUUACACAUAGUUAGCAGGUCUAUACAGACAUAAAUGCAAUAUGUAUUCACUGUAGGAGCUCAUUAAUGACCAGCCCUCUCUUAUAAUGAAACUAGAUAGUACUUAUUAUAAGCACUUUGAUACAAAAGUAACAAAUUUGAAUGUCUCUGUAUAAUUUGUUGCUAUGUUUUCACUUAAUAAAAAAACACAAACCGACGUUCAAGUCCAGGAUUCCAAGCUCUUCUUAAUGACGUAAUCUUUAGACAUUUCACUCAUUCGGACCCACCCGUCACGUGAUUAGAUCACAGUUCCCACAAUUCACUUCUGAUAAAGGCUUAGCUUAUGAUUCCUAAAAGUAACUAUCCCUAAUAGAAAUUGUUUGCAGUAGGACAUUCUACUUUUGUCACACAAUCCCUUAACAGUUGACAUAAAGAGUCGUGUAUAUAGUAUCAAAAUAGUAUCUUGAUAAUAUUAUUAUUUUUUAAAUAAUAUAACAAAUCUCAAUAAUAUUAUGUAUAUAAUUAUUGUAAAGCCACAUUAUUAAUAAAUUCUCUGGAGUCUUGAGAAUAUUAUUGAUUGCUGAUUUAUAGACCAAUUGACAAACAGAUCAAUACACUGAUUGAUAAAAUGAUUGAUUGUUUGAUUGAUAGCCUGAUUGACAGCUUAAUUGAUGGACUGCUUGAUAGACUGAUUGAUAAGUCGUUUAAAAUAAUCAUUUUCAAAUAUCACAGAGUGUCUCAUGGUUCGGAUCACUCGAGCUUUCAAAGAUGUAAUAUUUGUUUUAUGAAUACAUUUUUCCAAUAUUAAUAACUUAUAACUGUUUCUUGAUUGAAUUUUUUAAAUUAAGCGCUCCAACAGCCCAUUGAAAAAUGUAUGUUGUGUGUGUGAUUGGUUUAGCGAGUUGUUUUUUUCUGAACUCGUUGCCAGUGACGUAGCUAGGAUUUUGCCAUCAUUUGGGGUCCUUCGCUUGACCUCUUUAGGGGCUCCUUCAUUUUCGAAAUCUCCCCUUACCUCCACACCUUAACUACGCCCCCUUUUUCGUCUUAAUUACGCCACUGCUUGUUGCUUAUUGCAAUGUAUUUUUUUUUAUGUACAUGAUAGCUAGUUCUAUACUGCAUUAUAAAUCAAAUAACUUGGUAUAACUUUGUAUAAUACUCUUUGAUUAAUAAACACACAUAUAUAUAUAUAUAUAUAGGAAAAUGGAAGUUGAUCUCGUUUUUCUCAUCUCUUUGAAUAUGAAACGAAUUCAUUAUUUGUUUCAAUUAAAUAGUCUAAAU